GUGAAAGCGCACAGAGACAUAAAAGUAAAUUUUUUAAAUUUUAUUAAAAGUCAUGUUGAUAGAAAAAAGUGAAUCUCUGAAAAUUUACUAAUUAAAAACAAUUAAUUAGGGAGAGUGUUUUGGCGCUGCACCAACGCAAUAAAUAGGUAUAGAAAAAAAAAAAACAAAACACAACCACAACUACAUACACAAAAAAAGAAAUGGGCCGGUCCAGCUCAAAGCUGUUGGAAACGCCCAAUAAUCCUUUGCAAGAACUUCAAUUGGAGGAGCAAAAGCGGGAACAACGCAAACGCAAGCAGCAGAAGCAACAAAAACAAAUUGCGAAAUUACAAAAGAAACAAGCGAAAAAGACAAGAUGCAAACGCAAAUCGGAAGGAAAAGGCGGCAAGGACACCGCCGAAAAGCAGAUUUCCAUAAAAACGAAACGUGCCAGCGGCGGCGUAGCGGAACGUACAAAUAGUCUAAAUUCGCAAAGUACCAGCUAUGAGAUAAAUAAAGAAGAAUUCAAUAGACAAAUUGAGCAACAAAUACAAAAUCAUCUGGAUAGUGAUCUCUGUACAUUCGUAUUGAAUCAAGUGUCUAUGACGCAACAGUUUUUCGGAAACUAUGAAACUGAAUUGGCAGCCAUUUCUGAGGAACUAUUAGCCAAAGAGAAUGAAUUGAAUCAGAAUCUGGAGGAACAUUCUAUACUACUGUCUACGCCCUUGGAUGCAGCGGUAUCAAAGUGGAUACAAUACAGGCCAAUCCAUGGUCCAAAUAAAUACAAUCCCCAGCCACUUCAACCGCAAGCGAUGUAUGUAAUCUUCGAAAAUAUCGAUAUAGCGCGUCCGAAUGAUGCGAAUUAUGAUUCGAUUUCACCACUCUGCAAAGUCGAUUUGGAUGCAAAUUUUUACAAUACGACACCGUGCAAGGAAGAUUAUGUUGAAAUGUUACGUGAAACGAAAUGGAAAGGUUAUGUACGCCUAAAAUUACGCGAAGAUCCGAAAACAGACAUCGGGUUCUAUACAGAUGGCAGUUCGGGAUAUAGCACGACAAGCACUUACAGCUUCAAAGCACCCAGCACAACUGGUAACUACCGCAUGGAAUCUGAAUACGAUUAUGCAUUUAUAUCACACUUGAAUACGCAUCAUCCGCUGGCUGAGUUAAAGAUGCAAGGCUUGCGUGGCCACCAACAAUUGAAUGCCAAAGUGUUGCCCGACAUGUGCGUUUCUACUUUGGCGCAAUUCAUUGAACCCUGGCACGAAGAGGACACCGAUGACGAAGAUGACGACUCCGACACAGACACAAAUUCGGAUUCCGAUGAAGAGUACAGCUCUAAUGACGGUCGUUACGACGGUGCACAAUCGAGAUCAAAUGGAAGAAGACGUUAUCGCGAUCACGAAACACUACAGGCCAUACGUUUGUACAAGUUGGAGCAAGAACGCCGCAAAGUGCUGCUGCGGCAAAACUUUCUCAAUUCCAAAGAGUUUAUGCGUUACUUUGGCGAGUUAGUGCGCCAGCAACUAGCCGAUCGCUUGCAUAUAUCGCCCGAUGAAUUGAACGAGGGCACAUAUCGCGGCCCAUCUAUCUACACCAAGUACUUUGAACUCAUACCCGCCAUUUAUGUAGCGCACAAUGCACAGCACUGGCCCGAUUGUGCAUUUCAAUUUCGUAUACGCGAACGACCCGUCUCGACAAAUCCACUCACAGGCCAGCAAUUUCAAUGGCCCACACGUACAAUGAUCAGACGCAUAGAAACUUUCGGCUUUCAUGUGAUACCGGUGGGUUAUGCGCCAAAAAGGCAGCGAAAUCCCUUUCGUGAACUUGAAUGGCGUAUUGUUUUUCCGAAAGCCGAACGCUAUUUGGAGCAGCAUCUCACCAAUACGCAGGUUAAGGUCUUUAUGAUCACCAAAGCUUUGGUGAAGACUUUUGUCGAGCCACAAGAGAAGCACAAGGCGCUCAUGUUCACCAUAGAUCAUCUGCGCAUGCAUCUCUUUUGGGAAUGUGAGCGGAAUUUUACCGGUUGGCCGGAGGAGUACUUGGGCGAAGUGCUGCUACGUUUUAUUGGCACUUUUAUGCAGCGUUUGCGUGAAAAAUGUUUGAAGGACUUCUUCAUUGAAGAACGUAACCAUUUCGAAUCCAUACCGGAAUAUUCAUUAGUCAUGCUAUUUUCAAUACUCUCCGACAUUGCCGCCAAUCCAUUGAUGCAUCUCAUGGUAGCGCUCAGAAAUGUGGAGUUUGCUGAAGAUUUCUUUCCUAAGCUGAAUUAUAAGAAAUUAUUUGACAAUCUCUGCGAAAAUAAUAUGCUGAAGUUGAAAGUACAGGCCAAGAACUCGCGCAGUCUAGUGGGGUUAGACGCAGUUGAGGAUGAGCCCGCGCUCAUGGCAGAUGAAGGCGCGAAGGGUUUGAUUGGCAUGAAGCAACAUCGCGAGAAGACCAAAGGAAAAUUGAGACGGAAAACGCAUGUGAUGAGGCAUAACAUUGAAAUAAAAAAGAAACAGGAAUAUGAGAAGCGACGGCUUUCUGAGGAGUCUAUUGACGUUGAGUUCUUUUUUUGCCGGAACCUCAAAAAUUCUCAACCAAAGCAACUCAAUCAGGGUGUUGAAAAUUUACGACGCACAAAUAUACUCGAAAUCUUUAUCGAUCAUCUCAUAGCGAUGACUGAGAAGGCACUGGAGUUUCGUGUGCUAUAUUUGGCAAAAACUUUCUUGGCGCAAGCAAAACGACUUUGCAAAUUCUACAACAACUAUGGCUGCGAUAUGGGUGCAAAGGAAUAUCUUAGCACAAUCGAUAGCCUGGAACAGGAGAUCAGUGGAUUGCAGAUGAACGAAGAUUUUACGCAUUUACCGCCGGCCUUGCCGAUUCGUUCAAGUGUUGAAACAGGCAAAAUUAAAGGCACAAAGGAGUUAUUGGAGCAUUUGGAGUGUGUGCGCAGAACUGUAAAGGUGGAUAUUGAAACAAGGAAUUGUGAAAAGGAGGGGGCCAAAGCUGUGAGCAAAAGUAAAAGCAGCAACAAUGCGCUGCAAGAAAAUACAGACUGCAAGAACAAUGGAGGUUCACACAAGUCCACAAAGUUCAUCGAGCACGUAGAACAAGCAGCAGAGCAGAGCGACACCAAUCCGAUAAAAAAUCCUGAGAGUGCAAAUGUUGUUGGCAUUUUACGUUUCAACCCCGAAGUUACAGAAAUAUACCAGGCUGCAAAUGCUGCUGAGCAAAAUAAAUCCAGCGAGUCGUAUAUGGACUACGAAUCUAUCAAGGGCUAUCCUUUUGAAGAUAAUACAACACCUAGUCAUAUGGAAAACCAUGCUUUAAAGGAAGAAUCUGAUAAAACUCCAUUCGAGAUAGAGAAUCAAGGCGAAUCGAGUCAAGGUAGCGUUCCGCCAACAGCCAACGAAGAGGCGAAAUGCAUGCGAUUUGGUACAAGGUCGCGUAUGCUGCGAAAUCUACCAUUGAGCAAUUCGCAAAUAAUAAAAGAUCUUACAGCAUCAACCGAAAAACUAUUAGCAACGAUGUCAUCGGAAGAGAAGCGUCUGCAGAUAAAAGAAAAUAUCAAACGGAAAACAUUGCAACUGAAAGGCGCUUUCAUUCAAAGCUCAGAAUCGUGAUAUUCAAGAUAAAU